AUGAGCAAUAUCGAAGCUACUAUAAUAUGUAUAGAUAAUAGUGAUUAUAAUAGAAAUGAAGAUAUAGUCCCUAACAGAUUUUUAUCACAGAUCGAUUGUGUGAAUGUUCUGUGCUGUAAUAAGACGAGCUUACAUUAUAAAAACAAUAUAGGGAUAUUAAUGAUGGCUGGAGAUAAAAUAAAAGUAAAGGUGUCUCUUACAAAUGAUAUUGGUCAAUUACUUUCUUGUAUUCAUGAUAUAAAACUGGAUGGUACGUGUGAUAUAAUAAGAAGUUUAUUAAUAGCCCAGUUAGCUUUAAAGCAUAGAGUAGAUAAGAAUUUAGAACAGAAAAUAAUAUUAUUUAUAGGUAGUCCAUUUAAUGUAAAUGAGAAGCAAUUAAUAAAUACUGGGAAGCAAUUAAAAAAGAAUAAUAUAUCUGUUGAUAUAAUAAGCUUUGGCAAUAUAAAUAAGAAUAGAGAUAAAUUAAUGAUGUUAUUUGAGAGUGUAAAUAAUAAUGAUAAUUGUAGAUUUAUUGAAUGCCCAGAAUAUGAAAAUAAUUUGAGUAAAUUUGUUUUGAAUUCUUUCUUAAAUAAUAAUGAUUUUAAUAUAGGAAAUAUUCAAGAUGAUGAUCAACUUCUUAAUGCUAUGCAGUUAUCACUUGAAGAAAGUCAUAAUAUAGAAAAAAAUAUGAAUAGUAGUAAUAACAUAAACACAGGUGCUAAUAAUAAUCCUAAUAAUAUUACAAGUAAUAAUAAUGACUUGCCAACAAUUGAAGAAAUUGAAAAUAUGAAAGAUAUAGAUAAUGAGUUAAAGGAGGCUUUAAUAUUAUCAUUAAGAGAAUAUACAGAAAAAAAUAAAGUAGAAAAUAAAGACACAACAAGUUGUAACAACAAUAAUAAUGAAAAUAAUAAUGAAAAUAAUAAUAAUAAUAAUAAUAGCAAUAAUAAUAAUAGCAAUAAUAAUAGUAGUAGUUCUUGUGGUGAUAAUAUUAAUUCUCCUAAUUAUUAUAAAAAAGAUGAAAAUUUUGCACUUGUAAAUGAAAGCUAUAAAAAUAAUUUUGAUAAAAAUGAUGAGAAUAAAUUAGAAGAAUCAAAGGAAAAAAAAGAAAAUGAAAGCUAUGAAAAAGUAUUUAAAAUAGAUAAAGAAGAAAAUAUUGAAGAUACAUCCAAAGAUAUUAUUAAUGAAAAUAUUUAUAAGGAUAGAGAACAUAAAGAUGAAAAUAAUAAUAUAAUAAAUAAAGAUGAAGAAAAUGAACAAUCUGCAUCUUCAUUGAUACAAGAUACUAGUUAUAUAUCUAACAUCUUAGGAAAAAUAAAUCCAAAUGUUAAUGUUUUUGACAAAAAUGAAGGAGACAGCGACAAAGAUAAAAAAAAUAAAGAAUAA